ACAAUCACCUUGAAGGAUCCGAUCCACCAACCAAACUUCGCCACAAUAAAAUCUUGACCUUCCUUUCACUUUCCUUCUUCUUCACGGAGUCACAGUGGUGUUUCCGGUCAACCAAACAGAUCACUAAAUCCAGUUUACUCUCUCCCUCUGAUUCUAUACAGAGGAAUCCAGUUUACGUUUCUGUCUCAUACAAGCGACGUCGUUUCUUCGUUCCGUCUAGAAGCGAGCCCGGCAUUCGAGUCAGUGUCCUGUCAAAUUUGCUUGGGAAGAGAUGAUCAUCGUCGUUUUUCAUUUUUGAUUCUGUUUGGCGAUCCGAGUUGUGAAAACGAAGACAUUUGGAUAGUGAGGGGAUCGGUUUUCAAAUCGCGGACUUUGUGGAGGAAGAAUCAUGAGUGCGCAGCUUUUGGAAAUACAGCCCUGCGAACUAAAAUUUAUAUUUGAACUCAAGAAGCAAAGUUCAUGCUUGGUUCGACUAACUAAUAAUUCCUAUCAAACAGUUGCUUUCAAGGUCAAAACUACAUCUCCCAAGAAAUAUAGUGUUCGACCAAAUGUCGGAAUUGUCAUGCCAAAGUCGACUUGUGAUUUUACUGUCACAAUGCAAGCUCAAAAGGUUGCUCCACCUGAUAUAGUCUGCAAAGACAAGUUCUUGAUCCAAAGCACAGUCGUACCUGACAAGACAACUGAGGAAGAUAUUACAGCUAGCUUGUUUGCCAAAGGUGAUGGCAAUUAUAUUGAAGAGUCCAAGCUGAGGGUGGUCCUAGUUAACCCACCUCAUUCACCCGUACUGUCAACAAUCAAUGGAACAUUGAAGCAGGGUUCAGUUUAUGAAGCUUUUACAUUAAAAGAUCAUAUUCUUAGCGGAGUUGAAAAUCUUACUGAACUGCAUCAUGUUAGACAGGUCAUUGGGGAUGUAGAGACCAAAGUAGUACAAACUGAGAAGUUGAAUCCAGCCAUGGAUACAGAGUUGAAGCCUGAAAAGGAUACUGAGAAGAAGGAGGUAGCAAAUGAUGCAGGUUUGAAGCUUAACAAGGAUGUGAGUGUGACUAACAUCAAAGAUUUAAAGCCAGCAGUUGAUUCUGAUUUCACUGGAAAGAAAGAUGUAAUAAGUGAUACAGAGUUGAAGACACUGAAGGAUAUGGAUUUUAGACCAACAAUAGAUGCAGAGUUUAGAACGGCUACAUAUACGGAGUUCAAAACUGCAAAGAUUGUAGAGGAGCUUAACUUGGCUGAAGAUAUUGAAGAGAUGAAGUUGAAACUAAGCAAGCUUGAGUCAAAACUAAAUGAGGCAGAAGCUACAAUCUCAAAGUUAACAGAUGAGAGGAGACUAAGCAUUCAAAACAGAAAAGUAUUAGAAGAGGAACUAGAGAUCUUAAGGAGAGGGACAAGCUUAAGGAAAGUUCAGGUGGGAUUUCCGCUUUUGUUUGUUUGUAUGGUGGCACUCAUCAACUUAGUGGUUGGAUACCUUCUACAUUGUUGAAAAUGAAUAAUGGCUUAUGAAAAUCUUUAUCACAAGCCAUUUAGAGCUAUGGGGUACAGGCAACCUCCUUGUCCAAUAAUUUACAAGGGAUGGUGUCAUGGUGCAUAAAGAACAUCAGUGUUUGCCCAAUUUUCUUCAUGGUCAUCUCCGAGUUGCUUGUAUAAACCAACUCAAUUAACCAAUUAAGGGAACUCUGGAAUGUAAAGAACAAGUGCACAUGUUAUGUUGCUUGAUAGGAUGCUUUCUCUAAUGAUAAUGUCUUUUCUCUAUUGAGUUGGCUCUUUUUUGUUACAAGUGGCUCUUCCUAAUAAGAGGGAGCUCAUGGAUGUCUUAUUUUGCAUUGUUGUUAAGUACAACAUUGUCUGCAACUACCGAGGGGUAGAUGAGUCGGCCGGGAUGUAUUCUAUCAGUUGGAGGAUUCAAGAGAGUUCUUGUAUCUUCGAAAGUUGGACGGACUUUAAAGUACUUGCUUUUCCUGUAGUGAUUUCCAUGUUAUGGUUUAUGCCUUUAAUGAUAUGAUCUUUGGAUGAAGUUCUGUAAUU